CGGGUGAGCGCGCGUUUCCGCCGCGAGCGAGCUGUGGUGCGCGCGGCUUGGAAGUGCCGGGCUCCUCUCCCGGGUGUCUCGGGAGUCUCGCGGAGUCAUGAGUGACACCAGGGGCCACCGCGCGCGCCUCAGGCGCUACUCCAAGCUUCCGGUGUGGGUGGUGGAGGAUCACCAGGAGGUUCUGCCUUUCAUAUACCGGGCCAUAGGUUCGAAGCAUCUUCCUGACAGUAAUAUAAGUUUUUUACAUUUUGACUCCCACCCAGACCUCCUUAUUCCUGUGAAUAUGCCAGCAGACACUGUGUUUGAUAAAGAAGCACUCUUUGGAGAACUGAGUAUUGAAAAUUGGAUUAUGCCUGCAGUUUAUGCUGGCCAUUUUUCUCAAGUAAUCUGGCUUCAUCCCAUGUGGGCCCAGCAAAUCAGAGAGGGCAAACACCACUUCUUAGUAGGCAAAGACAUUUCUACCACAACCAUCAGGGUUACAAGCACAGAUUAUUACUUCCUAAGUGAUGGUCUGUUUGUACCUGAAGAUCAGCUAGAGAACCAAAAGCCCUUACAGUUAGAUGUGAUUAUGGUAGAACCUUACAAACUCGGUAGCAGUCAAGAUGACAGUGACUCUGUGUCUUCUACAAAGAAGCCCAAGCUGGCACUGGGAGGUGGUGAGAGCCCUGCCGCAGCUGAUGGGGACGCAGUGACACUAAGAAGUGACCAUGCUUGCCAAGCGCCGUCCUGCUCAUGUUCUGGAAGUCAGCAGAGCCAGCGCGCAGCCAGCGCUGCAGAGAUCCUGGACAUACUGAAGACAGGAGAUGCGUUUGUUUUAGAUAUUGACUUGGAUUUUUUUUCCGUCAAAAACCCCUUCAAAGAAAUGUUCACUCAGGAAGAGUACAAGAUUCUCCAGGAGCUUUACCAGUUUAAAAAGCCCGAUAGUAACCUUUCUGAGGAAGAUUUGGUAGAUGUUGUUGAUGCCCGAACCCAUCAGUUAGAAGAUUUAGAAGCCGUUUUUGCUGAUUUGUGUGACGGUGAUAGUGAAGAAACUGUACGGGGCUGGGCUUCAAACCCUGGAAUGGAAUCACUAGUCCCACUCGUACAGAGUUUGAAAAACCGGAUGGAAGUACCAGACUAUGAAAUGGUCCACCAGGCUGGACUAACCUGCGAUUAUUCAGAACUUCCUCAUCAUAUAAGCACAGAAGAAGAAAUUGAGCAUCUUCUGCAGUCUGUGUAUUGUCUAUUGAAAAGUCUACCAAAACCUACUCUCGUGACGAUUGCAAGGUCGAGUCUGGAUGAUUACUGUCCCCCAGAACAAGUUGACAUGAUUCAGGGAAAGGUCCUGGACAUGCUACACUCACUGUACGGGACCCUGGACACUCACCUGGUGUACUCGGAAGAGUCCCCGCUGAGUUGAGACCGUGCUAGGCUGCUGUGAGUUUUGGCACAGCGAUGGGGCUUUUGUCUGUGGGCUUCCAGAGUGCACUUUUUAUGUUAACUCUCAGUUGGAAUCAGAAGAUAGUUUGAAUCUCCAAGCAAGUAUCAGUGAACAAUACAACACUUGGGAUAGGGGGGUGGGGCCUUGUUUGGUUUUAUUGUUUUUGCUUCAAAUCCAUUACACAGGUUGAUGGAGACUAUCGGUCAUCUUCCUUGCUUCCCAUCGCUGCCUUUAAUUCUGUAAAGGGUUUAUUCCUCUUUCCCCAGCAGGACUUUGGAUUAAAUGAGAUUUAUUUAUUAAUUUAUUCAUUUAGCCAAUGUUUAUUUAGCACUUUCUGUUAAAGACAAGAUGCUCUGGCCUCCUGCAGGAGACACGAGAAGCAAACACUGGCCUGUGAACAGUCUCGGGAACAAGGGAGAACCUCAGGGGAGUCUGGCAUACUGUCAGUUCUUGGCACCUUGGCCUUGUAAGAAAGUAGCAUCCAUGAAAGUCACGUAAAAAGAUCCUUGCCAGUCCGUAACAGUGUUUGCAGCAACUUGCUGGUCUAAGGACGCUGGAACUGUGCCCAUGCUUUUGCUAAUGUUCUCCAGACUUUUUUUUACGCAGAGGGUCUGAUGAGUAAACCUAAUCAAACAAAAUGUUUUGUGGUUGUUCCUUGUAGGUUUUAUUUGUUUUUUUUGUUUUUUUUUAUUCUUUUUGCUUGUUUGUUUUGGGUUUUGGGUUUGUUUUGGAUUGGCUUGGUGUUUGUUUGUUUGUUUGUUUGUUGAUGGGUUGGUUUUGAGUUUCUGAAAUGAGCUUUCUCUAUGUAUCCUUGACAGUCCUGGAACUCUGACCUUGAGCUCAAAAGCUCCGGCUGCCUCUGCCUCCCCAGUGCUGAGACUAAAGGCGUGCACCACCGCCACCCAGCUACUUACAGUGUUUGAUAACUGGAAACGCUUUUUGGGAGGUUUGCCUUGGUGGUCAUUGUGGGCCUCGGGUGGCAUUUAAACACUAAGUGUCAUUGUCUUGGCAGUCAGUCAAGCGGCUAGAACGCUGCUAGGCAGUUAAGAGUAGCACUUGCUACUCUAGCAGAGGACUGGAGUUCAGUUUCCGGUACUCAUAUGGCAGCCUACAACCUCAUAGCUCCAGCAUCCUCUUGUGGCCUCCAGCACCACACACACACACACACACACACACAUACUUGUAUAUACCCACAUAUAAACAUAUAAAUAAAAAUAUUUUUUAAAAAAUCAAGGUCAAUAACUUUUUCUGAUGAACCUACUUUUUUAUGAAAGAAAAUAAGAAAAUGGCAUAUUUGUGACCUGACAUAUAGCCAAGGAUGGCUGCCUUCUCCAGCAUUCUCACAGUGUGACUGAACACAGUAGGUCUCCCUUACGUGAGUGCACAGAGACAACUGAGAAGAGUGAAGAGCGGCUUAUUGCUUGAAGCAGUGAGGAGAGCACUGGGGAUGUAUUUCAUAAUACAUGAAGAAAGGAAGGGAGGAUUUGUGCAAGUUUUUACUGAAAGACCUGUCACUGCAUAGAGAAGAGAGUGGUCUCUGCUACAUGCAUUGGAGAUUGUGCUUCAUAUAGUUAAUGAGCCAAGUUUGCCCUUGGUGACCCAGAGAGUGGCUGCAGACACCACUGUUUACCCGAGUUCCCUCCCACCCAGCUGUGAACAGGACCGUCUUUAUCUUAUGUGGAAGUUAAUUUCUCCGUUUGCCUGUUUUCUGCACUUUGCUCCACUUUCGUUCUGCCUAAUACCUUUAAAGGGUAAGAUGAUGUGUAAAGCGUCCCUCGCUCCUGCUGAGCACAGCAGUUUUCCUCUUCGCAGAUCAUUUUCAGCCUUCUCCUGCACGUGUGCCUGGAGAGCCACAGAGCCAAGGUCAGAGUUACCUCACUGCAGCUAGUACCCCAGGACGCAUUACCCUUGUGGUGCGGUACGCGGAGCCAUAGUCCAUCCCUACAGUGGUCGUGACUUCCUCUGGUGAAUUCUCCUGGCACUGAUGAGAUUUACAAAAUCCAGUACUAUGAAAGCCUGUUGGUGUUGAGGAAACAAAACCACCUGGUUUAGCUUCCCCUCCUGACACCCAAAAGGUUUGUGUUCUUACAAACUCAGAAUUGUAAAAUUGUUUUGUUAAAUUCUGAAAUUUUCCUGUUAAGAAUUCUGUAACUAGACAUUUCUGUGAAUAAAUUAUUCUAU